CUAGCACUACCGCACCCGGCAUCGGUGUUUCAGCCUUGUAGAUGCACAGGUCAGCCAAGGGCUUCUCUAACUCUGCUGGGUCUCACAGCCUGAGAGUGUGUCUCCAGAACACCAGGUACAGCCCCACCAGAAGAAAAAGGUGGCAACUCAUUCAUCUUUGGUGGCACGCUGACCCUGGUGUUCCCCUGACCCAGUGGUCAAAGGCAGUGUUCUUUGAGGUGCAGAGUUUUCCCCAGAGAUGGUGUCCCCGGCCUUUGGCUUCUGUCUGCUCACAUCCCCUGUGCUGGGCAGGGUGCUCCUCUUCCCCUGGCAGGAUGAGAGGGAAGUUUCCCAAGCAGGCCCAGCAUCUGGAGCGUUUUCACCACCCUGUGUUCCUGGGCCCAUUCUUGGCUGGUGCCAAUGUUCUGAGAGGCUCGAGGCUGGUUCUAGAAUGACCAGGCCCGGAACUCGGGAGGAGGUGUGUCUGCUGGGGGAGGCACCUGGGAUCUGACCGCUCCCCAUGCAGUUGGCAGCCUCUGUUCCCAGUAUGUGCAACUCUCAUCGCCAGGCAACAGUCCCAACCCUCGGGCUCCCCAACCCCAUGAGUCCAGCCCACGCCACUGUGCUCCUGUGGGUCUGGGCCAUGCUUGAGGCCUUUGAGGUCAUGGAGAAGGAGAACAUCUUCCAGAAGACACCCUGCCCUGCCUUCCUGAUGUUCGACAACGCCGCCUACCUGGCUGACAUGAGCUUCGAACUGCCAUGCCACUGCAAGCCAGAGCAGGUGCCAGCGGUGGUCUGGUUCCACCAGAAGCACCUGGGCAGCGGCCACACCCAGGUGCUCACAGACUUUGAUGGGCAGCUGCUGGUAGAGGCAUCACAGGUGCGCACAGGCAGUGACGUGCUGGCCCGCUUUGGUAUCCGCAUGUUCAGCCUGCUGGUAUUCCACGCACAGCCAGAGGACUCGGGCCUGUAUUUCUGUGGCACCCAGCAGGGUGACUACUUCUAUGCCUACGACGUGGACAUCCAGAGUGGUGAGGCACUGGUAGCCACCUUUGAAGACAGGGGCCAGGAGCCCUCAUUGGAUGAGCGGCAUGGGAGCUUCCGCAUCUUCACCGCCUUCUGGGAGUGGACAGCCUGUGACCGCUGUGGGGUGCGUGGGGAGCAGUGGCGCCUAGGGCUGUGCUACCUGCAGAGCCCAGACCUUCCACCUCGGUACCACACCAUGCCACCUGGCGUGGUGUCCUGUGGCUCUCGGGCCGUGCCCAGGCAGCUCCGAGCCAUGGCAGCGGCCCACACCCCCGAGCUGCUGGUGCGGAGCUGCCAGGUGCCCUGCACCAACCGGAGUCGAAUCCGCAAGGGCAUCCUGGCACUCUACAGCUACGUGUCCAAGCUAGGCAGCAGGCCCUGGCUGCCUCAGGUGCCCAUCCAGUUCCACCAGCAGAGACUGGGCCAGGGGCUCAUCCUCACCUGCCCCGGGGCCCGACCUGAGCACUCAGUGGCCUGGGACAAGGACCACCAGCCUCUGUACCACACCCAGUACCUGAAGGGGGUCAACAGGUCCAUGCGGGUGUUCAUUGACCACGGCCACCAGCUGCACAUCCGCUUUACCCGGCGCAGUGACCAGGGCACCUACUAUUGCUGGCACCAGGGCGUGAAAGUGGCUGGCAUCCGGCUGAGCGUGACAUCUCGGGGGCACCACCGUGCCUCGCUCUCAGACCCUGAGACCCGCUUUGCCCUGCAGCUUGCCCUGCUUGGCUAUCUGCUGAUCACGGCCAUCUUUGUCACCGUCCACCUCUGCCGCUGCUGCUGCUACUUAUUUCGCUGUUGUCCCAACUUGGUCCCCUAGGUCCCCUGUCCCUGGGCGCUGCAGACCCUGGGCUCCUCAGUGUGCUGGUUACCUGGCCCCACGUCUCUGGUGGGCUCCUAGGCCAGGCCAGGGGUGCAGGACAAGGGGCAGACUUGUGGGUCAUUGCCUGCUCUUCAGGUUCCUGGUCCUUGGCCUGAUCUGGGGGCUGGCCGGAAGGGAUGUAGCUGGGAUGCAUAUGCCUGUGUCAUGCUGAGCCCUGAGAGGGAGACAUAAAGCAAUAAAUACUCCACAGUGCC